UCAUUAUAUUUUACAGGUUAUGUAAAACUUGGGGUAGUCACAACAAUAACUUGGUGAAGCCAUGCCGUUUUACAAAAUUGUAAUGAUGGGAGACAAACAGGUCGGAAAGUCUGCAAUAGCUAUGAUGUAUGUUUAUGGCAGACCGCCUGCAGAUUACCGACCAACCUCCGAAGAUGUAUACAUUAAAUUAUUAGAGGAAAAGGAAAAGGAACAAUCAAGGAACAAAGGAAAAGGAACAAUCUACCUGCACUUUUGGGACACUUCUGGUGCCAUCAUUUCGAAUGACCCUGAUGACCGUAGAACUAGAUUCCGCUAUUAUAAUAUGUGGUGAUGCUAAUAUACGAUGCCAAAAAUGAAGAAUCACUGGACAAGGUAGAAUUCUUGAGAAAUGAAAUAAACACUGAGCAAUUGCAAGGGAAGAAACCGAUGAUAUUCAUUGUAGAAAACAGAUCUAAUUGUGCAGCUAACUACAGCUCAUUAAAGCAAUCAUCCGACAGCAACUCCUCAAUACCAUCUAUAACACCAGACUGGAGACUCAAUAACAUAAGUAAGAUCGAAAUAGACGAUUGCAUUGACCAGAUGCUGCAGCACUUUCAGUUGGGUGGAAGUUCUUCUAACAGUAUGAGAAAGGCCCCGAGCAGAACAAGUGUGCAUAGUAUAAAUACCAAGGUGCUGCAAAAGGUGCUGCAUAAAUGAUAAAUGUUAUUCAGUAGCUGGCUUGUUGCCGGCACUCUGUUUUAAACCUUCUUUUUUGAAUUUUUAAUCGUUCACACACUUUCUCAUACGCUCCAAAGCAUGAACUGUGAAAAAAGAGAGAGCUUAAAAUCAAGAUUGUAUGUUUUCUAGAAGAAGAUUCUUUAAAAUAUUUGACCACAGUGUAUUUAAAUGUACGUUGUAUAUUUUUAACAGUUCUUAAUUUGCAUUUUAUAUUCAUAGCAAAAAUUUAUAGAAAAUUUAUAGAAAGCUUUAUAGAAGUUAAAGCACUUUUGCAUGUGGCUCACCUACAUUCUAAUUUUCCUUUCAAUUGUAAAUAUGUAGGUAUUACGUGCUUUUGCACAGCUUUUUAUCGUUUUGUGUUAUUUUUGGAAGGUUUGCUGUAAACUGAUGAUUUGUGAUAUUAUCUGUUCGAUACGUAAAUUACGAUAAUAAAACAUUGAUUAAAUCUGAGUAAUUUUGUCUUACUUUCAGACUAACUAGAUUCGAAGAAAUAUGUCCCUGUAUUUUUUGCUGCAACUGAAUUAGCGUGCAACUGUAUGGUCUUAAUUUAUAGUUGGGAUCAACGACAGCGUAACCAACUCCAAUUAUAUUUAAGGUUAAGAUGCUAGACGAGGAAUUGAAAGAGAGAAGAUAAUGGCAAGAAAACGGCCUUUGAAAAGACCACAGCCCAGUAAAAUAACUGCUGAACCCAAAGAUAUCAACAAAGAAAACGAUCCUCAACAAUUGCAAUCUAUGAUGUCAAAUAAACGAGUCCUCCGAAAGAGGCCACAGAAGCAAGUUAGCAUGAAGGAGGAAUCUAGCGCUGAAGACUCUAGCGCUGAAGACUCGGAAAGCGAAACACUUAAAUCAAAGCAACAUAAAACACCUUCAAAAAAAUCAAGAGCAUUACCUCAGAGGAAAGGUAAGGCUCCUAAAAUAAAGGCUCCUAAAAGUAAACCAGUACAGUCAGAAAGUGACUCAGAUUUUGAAGAAGCCACAGAAUCUAAAAUCAAGAUAGAAGAGGGGACAUCUCAUGAAGUAAAACCUCCUAUCAAACCUUCGCAGUUAGUCUGUGUAAAGGAAGAGGCAUCUGCUUCCGAAUCUGAAGAUGACAUGAUGGAUGUUUUUACAAAUAAAGAGUCGGUAGAGGAAAAGGUCAUAGCAACUGAUGAGUACAGAGAUCAGGCUGUCCAGCAAAAUACAACUCCACCAAAGAACUCAGAGGUGGGCAAUGUCAUGGAUAUGCUGAUGGCCUGUGAAUCCUCUACUGCCAAAGAUAAGAACGACUCUGAUUCUGAGGGUGAUUGGGAGCAAGUUAAAACCGCUGCCAAGCUCUCCCCAGAAAAGAAAUCUUUGAAGACUAGACAGAGAAAGCGGAAAAUAACAGAAAACUCUGACCCUGAUUUUGAGGCUAGCCCUAAAAAGAAGAUAAAAAAUUCUGAAGCACAACCAGAAGCAAAAUCGAGAAAGAGAAAAAAGAACACUGUUAAAAGUGAAGAAGAGGCAAUACCCAAGAAGGUGAAGACAGAGCAACUGUCUGAUGCUGAAAAAGAAAUUAGAAGAUUUACUAACAGAUGUCUAAAGGAUAGAGAUUCAUGUUUAGAACAAUGUUCUCUUGUUCUUGGUGUAGCAUUCCUCCAAAAUAUCACUCAAUACACUAGAAAACCUUUGUUUCAGGGCUUACUUCUUUCCCUUGUCCCUGAAAAGCACCAUGAUGCAAAGAAAAAAUUAGAACAAUUCCUGACAGCAUUGUUGGAUUGGUACCGUAACCACUUUCGUUUGCAGCAGAAUGAAGAUACAAAGAAUCUUAAAGACACCUCCUCACAUUCAUUCAUGAAAUUUAUCACAUCCUUAGAAACCACACAUGAGCAUGUGUAUGCUGCUGGGUUUUGUGCCUUACUGCAAGUGCUUGGAAUUGAAACUCGUUUUGUUGGUUCAAUUUAUGUGCCCUCCUUAGAAAAAGUCGCCAAGUCUACGAAAUUAUCGAGCAAAGCUUACCCAAACCCAUCGUAUUGGGUUGAAGCCAAAGAUGGAGAUAAAAUCCUCGCCAUUGAUGUAGUAAAUGGCCUUGUUACUGAGGAUGCCUUUGUUGAAAGCAAAUAUGUAAAUCCUCAGGGAUACGUUGUUUCAAUAACACCCAGUCUGAUCAUUUUAGAUUCAACCCCUAAAUAUGUUGAGAAAUGGUCUGAAAUACACCGCAAAGCAAGAAUGCUCAACUACGAAUUUUGGGACAGUUUUGUUGCAGAUCAACCAACUCACUGGGUAACAUUACGAGAACAGAGCAGGCUGAUGAAGGAAAUCAUGAUUGCUAGGGGGUUCCCUAAAAGUUUAGGAGGAUUCAAACAUAACAUUGUGUUUGCUCUUGAAAAGGAUAAUUUGAAGAUUGAAGCAAUUUACCCGAAAGAUGCUCCAGUUCUCGGGACUUUCAAGGGCCACAAUGUGUUCAGCCGAGAUAACGUGAAGUCCCUGAAGCAGAUCAUAGUCAUCAAAAAGGAAGGAAGAGCUUUAAAAGAAGGUGAAGUUCCUUACAAGAUGGUAAAAAAUAAGAUAUUAUAUGAUCGGUGGCCAGGAGAUGACAGAUGGAAAGACUUACCACUCUACGGUGACUGGCAAACAGAGUGGUACAAAGCUCCAACAGCAGAAAAUGGGGUGGUUCCUCGUAAUGAAUUUGGAAAUGUGGAACUGUUCAAACCGUGGAUGUUGCCAAAAAAAUCAGUACACGUUGAUCUACCUGGGUCGUACGCAUUGGCACGACGACUUAAAAUAGAUGCUGCCCAUGCUUGUACUGGAUUUGAAUUCCCCCGAUGCAGAGCUGUUCCCGUUAUGAGUGGUGUAGUUGUGUGUGAGGAAUAUGCCGAGACUCUUAGGAAUGCGUGGGUGGAAUAUAGUGCUAUUCAAUCACAGAAAGCAGAGGACAAGCGAUCUAAGAGGAUUUACGACAACUGGAAGUUACUGAUCAGAUCUCUGCUGAUAAAGGAGAAGAUAUCAGACAAGUAUGAGGGUAUGAGAGAUGCCACCAGUACUAAAGUACGCAAAGGUCACGAGCACAAGUUUCCAGUGAGAUCCCGCAGAAAGGACAAGGUUACCGGAGAGAUGGUGCAGAAAUGCUCUUGCGGUUUAGUGGUACCUGUUGAGUCUUGUGAGGAGGAACUAUAAAACAUUCUUCACUUUUUGUAUCUAAGAGUCGGGCUCUAGUUUCUUAGUUUCAUUAUUAAGUUGUUUUGUUAGCUUGAUUGUUAGGUACACAAUAAGCCCGGGUUUUAGAGCAGAAAUUGGUGUAGAUUUUUAUUUUAUAUCUUUUUAAUCUUUUAUUAGCAAACUGUAAAUUAUUUCAAUUUUAUUAAUAAUGAGUGACCCUAAUUAUUACAUUGAAUGACCCUCAACUUUAUUCAGAAAUGUUGGCAAUGAGACAAAUUCAGAUUCACCAAUUUCAAGCAAAUAUCAAACCAUUGAUGGACUGGCAAUCUCAAAAUCUGAAUUUUUCUCUUAAAUAUAUUUUGUUAAUUGAAUGUUAAAUUAUGCUUUUUUAUGACUUUCCAUCCAUUUACAACCGUUUCUAUGGGGAUGACUGAAUAUAUACAUCAUUAAUAUUUGAACGUUUUACAACGUCUGAAGCAUUGAUUUCGACGUAGUUUAAUGUCAAUUUAAUAUCUUAAAUGAAGCUGUGACAGUUAAUUUAUUUUGAUACUUA